GACAUAGCGCUCUUUCUGUUCCGUUUCCUAACCUUCCAUUUCACUGCACGUCUUCAAGAGCAUCCCUCCCUCUGUUAGAUCUCCUCUUUACAGAAUUCUCUACGAAAGGUAGUGUUCUGUUCGCCCGGUGAAGGUCGUGAUUUCCCGAAGAUCGCGAGAUAUUGGAAGUCUCGGAAUUGAAAAUGAGGCCUUGUUAGCAGAAUUUCUGUUAGAUUGAUUGGACGCAAGGAUUUCAUAAAUUUUCAAAGAGUUUAUAUGCUGAAGAAGUCUUUAAUAUGGACAGUUCAGAGACAUAGACUGUGCUUUGAAGGGGAACUUAAUUUCUGAAGUGAUUAUCUUUGUACUGAAACCUACAAUUACUGGGCCAUUGUGAGAAUCAUGGCUUUUGAUUUGAGUUCAGUCUUGAUGAAGUUAGGGGCGGUUUCCACGUCUGAUCAUGCUUCCGUUGUUUCGUUAAAUAUUUGCGUGGCGCUUCUUUGUGCAUGUAUUGUGAUUGGUCAUCUGUUGGAGGAGAACCGUUGGAUGAAUGAAUCCAUCACGGCUCUCGCAAUUGGGUUGUGUACUGGAGUUGUUAUUAUGCUGACUUCUGGUGGAAGAAGUUCACAUAUCUUGGUCUUCAGCGAAGAUCUUUUCUUUAUAUAUCUUCUUCCACCGAUCAUAUUUAACGCUGGGUUUCAAGUGAAAAAGAAGCAAUUUUUCCGCAAUUUCAUGACAAUUAUGCUGUUUGGCGCAGUUGGCACAUUGAUAUCUUCUGGCAUCAUUUCAGUUACUGCUAUGUUUCUAUUUAAAAGGUUGCAAAUAGCUCCUCUGGACAUCGGAGAUUAUCUCGCAAUUGGAGCAAUCUUUUCUGCAACAGAUUCUGUUUGCACCUUGCAGGUUCUUAACCAGGAUGAGACUCCUCUACUGUAUAGUCUUGUGUUCGGGGAAGGUGUUGUCAAUGAUGCGACAUCGGUGGUACUGUUUAAUGCAAUUCAGAGAUUUGAUCUCACUCACAUCAACUCCGGCAUUGCUUUGAAGUUUGUUGGCAACUUCUUUUCUUUAUUUAUCCUAAGCACCUUGUUGGGAGUUGGGACUGGACUGCUUAGCGCAUACAUUAUAAAAAAACUGUAUUUUGGCAGGCAUUCUACUGAUCGUGAAGUGGCACUCAUGAUUCUGAUGGCUUACCUUUCUUAUAUGCUAGCGGAACUGUUCACCCUAAGUGCCAUUCUUACGGUAUUCUUUUGUGGGAUCGUGAUGUCCCACUACACCUGGCAUAAUGUGACAGAGAGUUCCAGAAUUACCACCAAGCAUGCUUUUGCAACUUUGUCAUUCAUUGCUGAGAUAUUUAUCUUCCUCUAUGUUGGUAUGGAUGCAUUGGACAUUGAAAAAUGGAGUUUCGUGAGUAGUAGUCCAGGAAAAUCAAUUGGGGUGAGUUCGAUACUGUUAGCCUUGGUCCUGGUUGGAAGAGCAGCUUUUGUUUUCCCAUUAUCCUUUUUAUCCAACUUAACUAAAAAGACUCCGAGUGACAAGAUUUCCUUCAAGCAACAAGUUACAAUAUGGUGGGCUGGUCUUAUGCGAGGUGCGGUAUCUAUGGCACUUGCUUAUAAUCAGUUUACAAGGUCUGGACAUACUCAACUGCCUGGGAAUGCCAUUAUGAUCACCAGCACCAUCACCGUUGUCCUUUUCAGCACAGUGGUUUUUGGUUUGAUGACCAAACCUCUGAUCAGGCUCUUACUGCCUCAAUCCAAACACACCAGCAGCAUGUUGUCGUCGGAGCCAUCGAGCCCAAAGUCCUUCCUCUUCCCACUCCUCGGCAAUGGGCAGGAUUCUGAGGGCAUCCGUGAUAUCCCUCGCCCGACAAGCCUUCGCAUGCUUCUGAGCACACCCACUCAUACCGUCCACCACUACUGGCGCAAGUUUGAUAACGCUGUCAUGCGCCCCAUGUUUGGCGGGCGAGGCUUUACACCGUAUGUGCCAGGAUCCCCAACCGAACCAAGCGUCAAUCCAUGGUAAUCAAUAGAAAGUAUAAAAGAAAAAAAGAUGUUAAAUGAUGGUUUUUUCUCAGAUUCACAUGUUUUCCAAUCGUGGGUGUUUGAAAGUGGUGUUUUCAAGGAAUGGGAGUUCUCACUGCAGGUAGGAGGGUGAAGUAUUUACAUCUGGGCAUGUAAUUUUCAGUUUUGCUUUGUUUUAUUAUAUUUUUUGAAGCAUUGUUGUUGACUGAAUGUCUCAAGUCAGUCUGCAAUAGAUGCUCUGGUAGAUUUUGUCACCGAUACUACAUUUUGUAAUAUGGGUGUGGGAAUGUAUUUAAUUUUUUAUUAUAGCAAUCCAUCUUAUUUGCUGUA